AUGUGCAAGAAAUAUGAUGAACAACAGGCCGAUCAUCUUGAGCAGGAUCGCCGACGAAUCUCUGGCUCGACGUUUGACAUUUACCAAAGACUGCUAUCAGAGUUUGGUUGCUCUCUUAUGUUUUUUUUCGAGCAAAGCUCGGGCUCCAGGCCCAGCUUCCCAACAUGUAGCUACAACCCUCUGUUCCUGGAAGGUACAUGUAGUGCUCAAUACACAGACCCUGCAGCUCUGUUGAUAGACGAGGUGUUUGCUGCUCUAGCCCAGGCCGACUGUGAGCUAGCCGAUCCCUGCGACUAUCCGCCACACUACAGUCCCGCAGACUGGGAGGAGUUUGACUUCAUCAUCAUUGGAGCAGGAUCCGCAGGAUCUGUGGUGGCGAACAGACUAUCAGAGGUCUCUGGCUGGAGUGUUCUCCUCCUUGAAGCAGGAGGAGACCCAACAAAGACAUCAGAAGUGCCGAGUCUGUUCUUUCAACAGUUGCAGACCAAUGUAGAUUGGAAUUACAAGACAGACCCUUCUGAACCGAACUGUCUAAGUUUUGAGGGAAACCGAUGUACUUGGCCUCGUGGAAAAGUAUUAGGAGGAUCGAGUGUGAUUAAUGCGAUGAUAUAUUCCCGGGGCAAUCCAAGGGACUACGACUGUUGGGAGUCUGAUGGAAACUCAGGUUGGGGUUUCAAAGAUGUUCUUCCAUAUUUUAAGAAGUUCGAGAACAUGAGAUCUUGCGAAGUUCGGAAUUCUCUUGACUUUCUGUACUACCAUGGUGAAUUCGGACCUUUGACUGUUGAGGAUUUUAAUUCAGAUUUACUUGAGCCUUUAGUCUCAUUAUUUGGAGAGGGUUUUAAGGAGUUGGGAUAUUCGUACAAUCCAGACACCACUGGUAGGUUUCAGUCUGGUUUUUGCAGAAUACGCGGAACUUUGAAAGAUGGAAGAAGGUGUAGCACAGCUAAGGCCUUUUUGUCUCCAAUUAUCGAUAGAAGUAACUUGAAGGUUUCAAAACAUUCCCUUGCCACAAGAAUACUAAUAUGUCACGAUUCGAAUACGGCUUACGGAGUUGAAUUUAUUGAUAGAAAUGGAGAUAUUGUCAGGGUUUUAGCAAGGAAGGAGGUUAUAGUUUCAGCUGGGGCCAUCAACAGCCCACAACUGCUUAUGUUAUCUGGAGUUGGCCCGAGCACACAUUUGAAUGAACUUGGGAUAAAAGUUAUUGUGGAUUUACCAGUUGGAGAAAAUCUUCAAGAUCAUGCUAUGCAUUAUGGACCAAUACUGGCUCUGAAUUAUGAUUACAAUCCUACUGCAAAUAUAGAAAAAAAGAUGUUUGAUUUCCUAUUGAAAUACAAUAGUCCACUGUCUUCAAUCGGCUUGAAUGUUGUCAAUGUGUUUAUAGACACACACAACAUGGGAAUUAACUAUCCUAACAUACAGAACUACUUUUUAGUUGCUGCUAAAAACGAUUCAAGAUUGGAACCGACAUUAAAAGUCCUUUCUUUUACAGAAGAGGUUAUUCAACAAUUUCUGGAAAUAAACAGCGAGUCUCUCAUAGUGAUAUUUCAACCUGCUCUUCUAAAUCCAUACAGUCGAGGAAGGAUAAGGCUACAAAGCACCGAUCCUUGGCAGUAUCCGAUCAUCACCACUGGCUACUUCUCAGACCCGCGGGACGUUGAUACUUUCAUAGAGGCAAUUGAGUUCCUGGAGAGAUUUGCACAAACAGAACCGAUAAAAGCGGCUGGAGCAAGGUUGCAUGACAUCAAAGUAGCCAGUUGUUCCAAAUUUCCUACAAAUUCUCGACUCCAUCGGGAGUGUAUUCUUAGACACUUGACUUCCACAGUGUAUCACCCGGUGGGUACAUGCAAGAUGGGACCUCUGGGUCGGCCAGAUGCUGUGGUGGACCCACAUCUGCGGGUCCAGGGUGUGGCAAAUCUCAGGGUGAUUGAUGCCUCCGUGAUGCCAAGGAUUGUCCGAGGUAACACCAACGCCCCCACCAUCAUGAUAGCAGAGAAGGGUUCCGACCAUAUCAAGCAGCGGUGGUUUAGUGGGAGAAACAGGGUGUAGGAGUUCCAUACAUUUUCUAGUCAACACCUGGGAGAAGAUCUCUGCCACAAAUUAAAGAUUGUUAACUUUUAACCAUGUUUUGUGAAAUCUUAACAAUCCACUUCUAAAGGUAGUUAAACUUUCGCAUUAACCUAAUCAUGUCACUCACUGUCAAUGUCCCCGUUGUUUUUCAUGUAUGAAUCCCAUUUGUU